AGCGCAAUGUUGUAUUGAGCGUUUUAGAUCGGAAUCCGGUGUUCCAGUUUUUGCUUAGACGGUAGAAAAGGAUUGCUGUAGUAAACCUCCUAUCUCUGCUUCUCUGACUGAGAAUUUAAAUGCACAAAAAUUGUUAACCGCCAAGUUCUAUGUCCUACUACCUACGUCCUACGUCAACGAAUUGUGGUUUUAAAUUUCUUCGUCGAUCGUGCUCACAACUGCAAAAUGUCAAAGGCGACGAGAACUAAAAGUGGAAAAAGAAAUGCAGAAACACAAACGCAAAAUAAUUUAGAGAUGACACGCUUAACUUUAGAGAUACAGCGCUUGCAGGAUCAAGUGAAGCUUCUCACAAUUGAAAAUAACCGUCUAAAACAGUACAAUGCUGAAGAACCAUCACCUGUUUUAAAAAUUACAUCAACUAGAAGCCAGAAAACUCCAAGCACAGUUAACAAAAAUGAUAAAGCUUCAACACGUGGUUGUACCUGCAAAGGAAAUUGUUCUUCUAAAAUAUGUGGAUGUGUUAAAAGGGACACCAUAUGUGGAGAAUUAUGUAAAUGUAAUAAUUCUCAUUGUCAAAAUCAGGAUAAAAAUGAUUCUGAACAAAAUAAAGAAAAUUUGGAAAACAUUGAAUCACCAUAUAUGCAGGUGGAAGGUAAACAAGUAACAAAUAAAAACAUGGUAAAUGCUACUGCACACAAAAGUCUCUUCAGUCCAGAUACUACAAUCCAUAAUUCAACUCCUAAUUUAGAGCAAUACAGACCAACACCUUUAUACUUUGGUGGUGCUAAAAUGCUAACAUUUAGGUCUGAUGAAGAAGAAGAAGAAGAAAGUAAAGACACAAGAGUUAAAAGGAUGUUCGUAAAAAAUGAUGCAAAGUAUCAGAAUGACUCAAAUACUGUAACUCAAAGAAGAGGCCGAUCUAAAAAAAAAAAUCUUGAGGUGGACAGUACAAGCACAAAAAAAUACAGAUCCAUCUCAAAUGAGGAGAAAAAAUGGCAAACUGAAGUAGCAACAGAAAUGCACACUCUAAGGAGAUCCAACUCUAAUGAAAUUGAGGUUCCACUAGAUAAAUUGGAAGACCAAGAAAAAAGCAUAAAUCAUAUGGUAUCUUUGAAACGUGGUAACAAGAAAAAAGGUUUACACUCAGCCAAACAAACAAAAAAGACCGAUAAUGCAAGUCGUGAUACAGAAGACAAGAAGGUGACCUCAGCGGACGAUGAUAAAAAUGAAAAAUCACAGAAUUCGUCAACUGAAAUUUCUGGACCACUCAAUCGAAGGCGAACACACACUCUAACACCAAGGAAGCACAAUGAAAGUGAAGAAAUACUUAAGGAGGAUUUCGAUCCUAUGAAACCUAAACAUGAACUACCAAGAACACCAACUACUGGUAAUAGCGAUACAAGUUCUCGUAGUACACCCGAAGUACUACAACUAAUGCCUAUUGUCACAAUGAAGGAAGAGUGUCCCGUUCCUGAAGAACUCAACCAAUCCGAAGUCAAUUGGGAAGAAUACCAAUCUCAACUCGUUGCUUGUAAGAAAUGCAAAAGGAAAUUCCAUCCACUCAGGAUUAAAAAGCACCAAGCUUGUUGCAAAAAGUUGUAAUCUCGUUGCAUAUGUUUUAAAUUCUCAUGUUAAUUUUUAUAUGUGGUAAACUAACGAGCAAUGUCUUCUGUUUUAAUGUGUAGUUGGGACAGGUUCUUAUAUGAAAUAAGUUACAGCUUUGGCCCAUUCAAUAUAAUUAUACCGAUCAAAGUUUAUUAUACAAUCUUCUCCAGAUAGCAACUAACAGUACAAUAGAACUACUUACAUACAGUGUAUAUAUAUAUGACGAUGGUAGGUAUGUAUACAUGUACGUAAAUCCUAUGCGCGGGUGGGAAACGUAUACUCGCAUAUGCACAGAAUCACACACGUGCGCGAACCCAUACAUACCCGUAUUCAAUAUUGGUUAUUACACUAUUCCACAUAUUCUAUCCUAACUUUCACUUAUUAUACAUCUCUACGAGCUUAAUACUUUUCACUGUAUUGUUUUGUACACUUCUAUGUAUGUACAAUUAGGGAUUGAAUCGUGUGAUGCACAUAUGUCCUGAUUGGAUCUAGUGAUGACAAUACUAAUACACGACACAAAUACUAAUACAUGAGAUCACAAAAUUAAUAGUGGCCUUCUUGUUCCUAAUACUUAAGAGGAUAUUACGAAAAUACAGUUUGAUGUACCUUAAACACAACGAUAUUUUCCGACAGUCUUUUGAGAAGUUAUGUAUGUUAGACAACGCAUUUGUAAUUGGAAUCGGUGUAAUAGUGGGAGUAAAAGCAGCAGAAAAAUGAAAUUUUUAUAUAGAAUAAAACUAUUCUGUGUAUACAAAAGAAAGACAAUAUACUUAAAAAUAGAGUGAAAUUAAUUUUAUUUUUAUAUCAUACGGCGAUAACCGAACAAACUAAUGGCGUGUAUAAGUAAUACGAUAUACGAAUUAUACGAGUUCAGUUAUCAAUUCUUUCAUUUAAAAAAUUAUGUAGCAAAACGAAAAAUGCAUUGUAAUAAAAUACACAAUAAACUGUAUGUAAAGUUCUAUUUUAUAAUACAUGUGGUACAUAGACAC